UAAACAACAGUUUCUUAGGAUUAUUAUUAACACCGAAGAAAAAAUGGAAAACGGGAAAAUGGGUUUGAAGCCGAUGGAGAGUGAGCAGCUGAGAGAGUAUGGACACAGAAUGGUAGAUUUCAUUGCUGAUUAUUACAAAUCCGUCGACACAUUUCCUGUCCGUAGCCAAGUUCAGCCGGGUUAUCUUCAUGAGUUGCUGCCCGAUUCAGCACCUGAGCACCCUGAAUCAUUGAAAGAUGUUCUCCAUGAUGUGGAGAGGAAGAUAAUACCGGGGAUAACGCAUUGGCAAAGCCCGAGAUAUUUCGGGUAUUUUCCGGCGAGCACGAGCGUGGGCGGAGUGUUGGGAGAGAUGCUGGACGCUGGACUCGGCGUCUUGGGAUUCACUUGGCUUGCUUCCCCCGUUGCCACCGAACUCGAAAUCGUUGUUCUUGAUUGGCUUGCCAAGCUCCUCAGCCUCCCUCCCCACUUCCUCUCAUCAAAUCAUGGAAAUGGCGGCGGAGGAGUGAUACAAGCGACAGCAUGCGAAGCAGUGCUGGUGGUUUUGGUAGCAGCUCGUGACAAGUUUUUGAGAAAGCUCGGCCAGCAUCAGUUCCCCAACCUCGUUGUCUAUGCCUCCGACCAAACUCAUUCUAGUUUUCUCAAGGCUUGUCAGAUUGGAGGAAUCCGCAAGGAAAAUUGCAGACUGUUGAAAACGGAUUCUUCUACCAAUUACGCUUUAUCCCCGGAUUUGGUUCAGGAAGAAAUUUCUCGAGACGUGGCCAAGGGACUCGUCCCAUUUUUCAUAUGUGCUACUGUUGGCACCACGUCUUCAGCUGCGGUUGAUCCAGUACCCGAUUUAGGAAGGAUAGCUAAGAGGAAUGGGAUGUGGCUGCAUGUGGAUGCCGCGUAUGCGGGGAAUGCCUGCAUAUGUCCAGAGUUGAGGAAAUACAUUGAUGGCGUCGAAGAUGCUGACUCCUUCAACAUGAAUGCUCAUAAAUGGCUCUUCACCGGUCACAACUGUUCUCCCCUUUGGGUCAAGGAUAGACGUUCUCUCAUUCAGGCUCUCAACACAAACCCAGAGUAUCUCAAGUACAAGCAGGCUGCUUGUUCAGACUCGGUGGUCGAUUACAAAGAUUGGCAAAUCCCUCUUUCCCGGAGUUUUAGAUCGCUGAAACUAUGGAUGGUUUUGCGUCUCUAUGGAUCCGAGAACUUGAAAAGCUAUAUAAGAAACCAUAUCAAUCUGGCCAAACAUUUCGAGGAACUUGUAGCACAAGAUCCACUCUUCGAGGUGGUUACUCCAAGGUCGUUUUCGUUAGUAUGCUUCCGCCUGGCGCCUAAGGAGGAAGAAGACGAAGAGACGUGUAACACACGGAACCAUAGCCUGUUGGAAGCAGUGAACUCUACUGGGAAAUUGUUCCUCUCUCACACUGUGCUGUCGGGGAAAACAGUGCUGCGCUUUGCGGUGGGAGCAUCGUUGACGGAGGAGGAGCACGUUACUGAGGCAUGGGUGGCUAUUCGUGAGGAAGCCUCCCACUUGCUCCUCGCCAAUUAAAAUAUUUGUUGUAUUAAGAACCCCCAACUUUUUAAGUUUUUUCAAUAAAGCCCCUAUCUUCCUC